AUGGAACUCAACCGAGAACAUUUUCACACCAUAAUUUUUUACAACUUUCAGAGACAAUUAUCGCAACAAGAAUGCCUUGCUGAGUUACUAUAUUUUGGCGACGAAGCGCCACAUCAGUCGACAAUUUCCCGUUGGUAUGAAGAAUUCAAAGAAAUCGUCGAUGCUGUGCGCAAACUCAUCAUUGAAGAUAGACAUGUGUCCUUGAAGAUCUCAAAGACCUCAAUUCAAAAAAUUUUACAUGAAGAAUUAGGAAAACCAGCCAGGGUUAAUUGGUGUCAAAAAAUGCUUGACCGUUUCAAUUCCGGAAACUCAAAAAAUGUGUACAGCAUGGUUAGUGGAGAAGAAAAGCCAACAAAAAUGGUCGCGACAUUUGUGUCAAAAGCGCAUAUUGCGACAAAUCCUCUUAAUAAGCAAAGAACUGUACUGUGGAUUGGUAUACCACCAUUUCUUCGAAAAAUCAACCCCGAAAGAAGAAUCAUGCUCCACCAAGACAAUGCAAGCUCGCACACAACCCAAAAAACAAGGCAGUAUUUAACGGAAGAGAACGUGGAAUUAUUGGACCAUCCUCCAUAUAGUCCCGAUCUAAGUCCUAACGAUUUAUUUACUUUCCCGAAAAUUAAAAACAGACUGCGUGGUCAAAGGUUCCAGUCACCAAAAGAAGCAGUUGACGCAUUCAAAAAUGCCUACGGAGCCGAACGGUGCAGACAACGGUCACUCUGGGAUCAGGAAUGGAACAGUAUUGGCUUUAGUGACGAGUCUAGAUUUUGUUUAGGCAUGCACGAUGGUCGUGCCAGGGUUAGAAGGCGACGUGGUGAAAGGAGGAAUCCACAGUUUUUUGUUGAAAGACAUGUUCAUCACACUGUUGGAGUUAUGGUUUGGGGUGCUAUAGCUUAUGGUUCCAGGUCACCUUUAAUCUUCAUCAGAGGUAACAUGAACGCGCAGCAUCCAACUUUCCAACAAGAUAAUGCCCGACCACAUGUUGCAAGAGUCACAAUAGACUUCUUUCAACAUAAUGAUGUCACAUUGUUACCAUGGCCACCAAGAUCUCCCGACUUAUCCCCAAUUGAGCACGUGUGGGAUAUGAUGGGUAGGAGACUCAAUUUGCAACGUCCUCCUCAGACUCUAGAAGCACUUCGAGAGGAGUUUGUGGUUGCCUGGAAUGAGAUACCACAGGAGGACAUUGACCACCUGAUCAGAAGCAUGCCUAGGCGCGUUGGAGAAUGCGUAGCACAUCAGGGUGCAUCCACACAUUAUUAA